GUAACAAAAAACUAUUUUAACUAUUAAACUAUACUACAUACUACAAACUACAUAGGACAAACGCCAGUAAACACUAGAUAGUAAAUACUAAAUAGUAAAUACGUCAACGGUCUACCUUACCUACAACAACAAACAGAUUAAGUGAGUCGCGAAAUCAAUGUCAUCAAAAACUCUAUUCUAUUUUUAAAAACAUGACUGUAUCUGUAACUUCAGAAGUUCAGAAUCUAAACAUCACUACAUCAGAUGCGUUUCGUUGUUUACACAAUUCUUAACGACAGUACUGUUCGUGUUCGUCAGUGUUUUGAAUGUCUGUCCGGCUAACGGUCAGCGUAUUUUACAGAAAUGGUACAGCGUUGUUGCGCUUCAACCGUACCAAUGACAUCAGGUUACUGGUGCGCACUAAGGUGGCACCUCGGAGCGUUCAUACCAAAGCGCUGAAUCCCAUCGUUAAUCAUAAUAGUUCACCGAGUUCUGGUUGGCAGAACCGAUGGAACGUCGCCAGGAGAGCGUUCGUCGAUAAUCUGCUAAGCCGGGUAACUAACUCGCUAUCAGCAGACUUACGAAGGCGUACAGCCAGGCACCUCAUGUAUGGUAACUCAAGACCUUUUUUUGCUCUUGUUGGAAUAAGUUUAGCUUCUGGUAAUGGUCUGAUAACUAAUGAAAAUCAUUUGGAAGGUGUUUGCUGGGAAAUUCGAGAAGCAGUUGGUCGCAUGCAAAAGAACCUAAUAGUUGCUGAACGCUUGAAUUUAAAUUCAUCUUUGGGCUUGAAGCAGUUUGAAUUAGGGUCAGUUAUUGCUAAGGGAAAUAAUGCUGUUGUAUAUGAAGCAAGAAAAAUUGAAGAGGAUACAGAUCCUAGUAAUGCAUUUUUGAAACAAGAGUCAUCAAAUAAAAAGUAUCCUUUGGCUGUGAAAAUGAUGUUUAAUUAUGAUGCUGAGAGUAAUGCUAUGUCAAUAUUACGUGCCAUGAGUAGAGAAACAGUUCCAUCUCGUUGUGUGCAACAUAAUUUUUCUAGAUCAGAUCAGCAAUGGCUUAUUGGUUAUGAUCAUAAUUUGAUUAAAUUACCACCACAUCCAAAUAUUGUUAUGAUGCAUUUGUGCUUUGCGGACUAUGUACCAGAGUUGAUUGACUCACAUACAUUAUAUCCUCAAGCUCUACCAACUAGAAUAAAUCCAGAAGGUUAUGGUCGAAACAUGAGUCUAUUUCUGGUGAUGAAAAAGUAUGACAUGAGUUUGAAACAAUAUUUAUCUAAAAUGCCAUCACUAAAAAUUAGAGAUAAAAUCCUUCUGCUUGCUCAAUUAUUGGAAGCUGUUUCUCAUUUGUCAAAUCAAAAUGUGGCACAUAGGGAUUUGAAGACUGAUAAUAUCUUAUUGGAUGUCUCCGAAGGUAAUGAUAUAUGUCCAGCAUUAGUUAUUACAGAUUUUGGGUGUUGUCUUGCUGAUAAAGAUAAUGGACUUAAUCUACCAUAUAAAACUGCUGAUACUGAUCGUGGAGGAAAUAUAGCAUUAAUGGCACCAGAAGUUGUCACUGCUCGGCCAGGUACAUUUGGACAUAUUGAUUAUUCAAAAGCAGAUGUAUGGGCAGUUGGCGCAAUGGCAUAUGAAAUAUUUUCCGGUAGUAAUCCAUUUUAUAGUUAUGAAAGAGGUAAACCUCCAUUGUUGCGCAAUUCUACAUACAAGGAAGAAGAUCUCCCUGCACUUAGUAGUGACAUACCACUAAUUAUACAAACAUUAAUUCGCUCACUAUUGCAAAGAUCAACAUCUAAGAGAUUAGAUGUAUCAUUUGCUGCUACAGUUUGUCAAAUAUAUCUUUGGGCACCAUCAUCAUGGUUUACAAAAUAUGUGAUGCCAACUAGUAACGAGGUGCUGCAAUGGAUGUUGUGUUUAACAACAAAGGUGUUAUGUGAAGGAGGAACAAUGAUGUCAACUUUAAACACUAAACAACGCACGUGUACAGAAUAUCAAUUAAUCACUACAUUUUUGCAUAGAGCAAAAUUGUAUGAAAUAAAAAAUGCAUUGUACUGGAUGCAAUCUAUACAACAAGAAUAAUAUUUUCAAGCUAUUUUAGUUAUUAUACUAAUAAAAGGGUUUUGGGUAUUAGUCGUGUGUAUACAAUUUUUGAUACAAUAGUAUUAUAUCAAAAUAUAUUUUAUCCUGUAUUAAAAUGUUUAAAUUAUAAAAAAAGAAAUAUUUUUUUUAUUUUACUUAUGGUUUAAAUAUAAAGGUUAUUGUAUAUAGACUAGGAUUGUUAUCAUUAGAUACAAAAUAGUUGCGCAAAGGGAUAUUACAAAUUACAAGUAUUAAUUUUUUUCGUAUCAUAAAACUCCAGAGUUAUCUCUUAUAGCUUCUUUAAAAGUUUUAAUUUAUUAUUGUGACUUAAUAGUUGACUAGUCAACUUACCUCUCUCGCCCAUGCCAUAAAGUACUAUUAUUGAAUAGUUUCUUCAAUCAAGCCAACCAAACCUUUUGAUUUCUUCCUUUAUACAACCAUUAUUUAUUAUGCUUACUUAAAAAAAAAAAAAAUAUACAGAUUGUACAAACAAAAUAAAUAUGACAAAAAAAUAUGAAAUAUAAUUAUUUAUUACUUACUACUAAAUAGUAAAUACACUAGACAUACUUAGAAUAAAUGAUAUAAUUUUGUUCACAACAAAGUUUAUUUGAUUAUUAUUGGCUUCCUUUACAUUGUCAUUUUUUUUAUCAUCAAAUAUUUGAGAGUAGGUGUAUUUACAAUAACCUUAUAUAUUUUAACUAUCAUUUUAUUAUAAUAAAUUAUUUGUAUAUGAUAUUUAUUUCAGAUGAAUUCUAAUUAUUAAUUAUAUGAUUCAUUUGAUUUAAUUGUUGAAUUUGUAGUGUUAUAAGUGAUUUAUUAAAAAAUUAUAUAUUUUAUUAUUAUAUAGU